AUGUUAUUAGAAAAAGAUAAUCGAAUAUUAACGAUAGCUACGGAAGCAUUGAUGCAGGAUUUCGAACCACGUGAUGCUAUUCCGUUUAUGUGUUCGGAGGAAAUCUUUACUGAUGAUCAACAAGAAGUUAUCCUUAGCAUGACAAGACGUGCUCUACGUGUGAUGGAAUUUAUUCGGCAAUAUCGGAAAUCAGCGAAUGCCCUUGAUCCAUUAAUAGCAUAUUUUGAAAAAUAUGGACAGAAACAUUUGGCACAUCUUUUAUCGAAAAAUUACCUACCUGAUGAGCGGACUUUAUUAACGCCUACUGCGCUAGAAGAUCGACUUUUCCGAGAAGGAAAUGUACCGAGAUUACCUUUUUAUCGCGUGUUACGAGUAAAUCUGUUGGAAAAAUUGGAGAGUUUACUAGUCAAUCUAUCAUCGCAAGAUCAGUUUUGGCUUGUCAUUCAUGGGUUUCCUGGUUGCGGCAAAACUUUUUUAGCUGCUACUGUUUUACAUUCUCAUCCAAUAUUACUAAGUCGAUAUUAUGAACACGUUAUAUGGGUUGAGGAUGGUCGUACCAAUAUUAAUCAGCUACCUGAAGUUUUUUCAAAUUUCCUAUUUUUAGCAACUGAUGCAUUGGUUUUAACUGGAAAAGAAACUCCUGUACAAUUCUUACCACUGGCCAAAACUGCCUUGCGAGAAAAGCCAAAUACAUUAGUAGUUCUGAAUGAUGUUUAUCUUCAAGAAAGUGUGCGUUGGUUCGACCAGCUAAAUUGCCGUAUUCUUGCAACAAGCCGUAAUUUGGAACUAUUCCAAGUAUCCUCUUCAAAUCCCAUACUUUUUGCAGUUGAUCCACCUGGUUUUUCUUUCACCGAAACGGAGGUUUUGUUCCAGCAAAUGCGUUCUUCUACUACGAUAACUUCAUCUUCUUUUCAUGAUCAUCUUUUUCAUAUUCAUAAAAAAACAAUGGGCCUACCUGCACUUCUUGGUAUAGUGAGACAACAAGCAUGCGACAGUAAUAAUGACUUCUAUAAUUUACGUUACUUAUUGGAUUAUUACUCUGUCACAACUAUAUCAAAUUUUACUUAUUAUAAAUACAAAAAUAUGGUUGAUGCCAUUAUGGAAUCCUAUAAAACUUUAACUAGACGUCAAAAAAUAAUUAUGGAAACAUUUAUCAUUUUUGGCUAUGAUCAAUGGAUACCGCUAGAGAUCGUUUCAUUAUGUAUUCCGUUUGAUAUAUCUGGAAACCAAAAUAUUUUGUAUACUGCGUUGCAAGAAUUAGAACCAUUAGUAAAAUCAUCAUUAUUGGGUAAAAGAAUUGCUGAUUUGGAUGGUAAAGUUGAUAAUGAUAUGCCAUUCAUGUAUGAUUUCCACAUUAAUCGUAUCAUGUAUUCAUUUCUUUGUGUCACGGUUAAUCAUCAAGCGAUUGAGGAUCGCCUUCGCUUAUUCAUUCGUCCAAAUGUUUCUUCAUUUUUGUUAGGCAAUCAACGUAUGGACUCGAAUUUCAUGCAGCGUAUUCACUCUUACAUAGAUCUUCGUCCAUAUUUAUUCCAAAAAAUAACUUACGAGGAAUGCAGUUUACAAAAUGGACUAACUGUACAGUAUAUUGAGAGUGGCUUACAUAAUAGCAGUAAUAGUUGCUAUAUCAAUGAAUCCGAUAAUGGUGUAAUUGUCCGGAAGGAAUCAAACAAUGCUACUAAAAAUUGGACUGAUAGCUGUAUUUUCAUGUGA